CAUUGACGCGUUCAAAGAGCAAUAAUCGAAGAAAUUAGGCAAAAUGUCUCUAGUUCCGUAUUGGUUACGGCAUUUGAGGAAUCUCACGUACCGAGAUCCUUUUAUGAGAGUUUUGGAAGACCCUUUCGCGGUGUUUGCGAAGGACCCGUUCUUCCGUGAUCCUGUAAAAUAUAUACGACAAGUGACAGCGCCGUUGGAAAAUGAACAUCAUGGAAUUGAAGGUGUUUACUCCGAUUCAGAGGUGAAAAUGGAUGGGAAGAAGGUGGAAGUGCAUUUGGACGUACAGAAUUUCACUCCUGAACAGAUUCAGGUGAAAACCGUUGGCAAUGAAAUAAUGGUUGAAGGAAAGAAGGAGGUUAAGCGUGAGGACGGUUGGACGAGGAGUCACUUCGAAAGGAGGUUCCUGUUGCCCGAAGGUUUCCCGCCAGAACGCGUGGAAUGUCAUCUGGAUAAAGGGAAGUUGAAGUUGGUCGCUUUCAGAUCAGAACCAUUGCCUGAAAGAAAUAUCCCGAUCCAAGAUAAGAGCAACGACAGCGGCAAGACAUAAUCUGUAUAUAAAUUAGUUCUUUAUUUAUAAAAUCUUAGACUGAUUAGAAUAUUUUUAUGUAAGUUUGUUAUUAGUUAAUAAAUAAAAUACAUUUCAAACAAUA